GCAGCGCCUCACCCCCUGUAUGUGACAGAGAGUGAGAAACCAGAAAAAGAAGAAGAAGAAGAAGAAUAAGGUGGUUGUAGUCUGCUGCGGAAGCCAAGCGUUACGUUCUUCUCCAACCACGCACACUACAAUAUAGAAUAAUAUAUAUAUAGCUUCCGCAGCAGAAAACCAACACUAUAACCAUGCCUCGCUUUCUCUCCCAAGCUAACCGUUUUCUCACCCUUCUUUCUCUUCCUCACCGGCGAGGGUAUGGUGUGGCAUCAAAUGUAUCAACGACGGUUGGGUUGGAUAGGAUGGUGAACAGGAAUGGUAUGGUGGGCAAGAUUGAGGACAAAGAUGUGGGCUCAAAAGAUGGUUCCAAGGCCUCUUCAGCUUGGGCCCCAGAUCCAGUCACGGGCUACUACAGGCCCAUUAAUCACGCCAAUGAAAUUGACCCAGUGGAGCUCCGAAACAUGCUGUUGAAUCAUAGGGUCAGAUCAACAUCUUCAUCAACAUCAUCAACCUAGAGAACACUGUGGGGCCACCCAUACCUAAUAACCACCCAACCACGCUCCCAACUCUUGAACCUUGCUCUUGUUUUUAUCUACCUAUCCAUAUCAAUAAUAUCAUACACAGGCAGUGAUCAAGAAACAUUUUAGGAAUUUAAAGCUAAGUAUGAGUUUUGGACUAGUUAGAUUUUGUUCUUUUUAAUAUUAUUUUACUAUCAUUAUUAUGUUGCAUUAGCUUUUAGUUCAUGGCUAAUUGGCUAUGCCCCUUUUUUAUUAUUAUCUAUGCAAUUUAAUAUUAUUUUAAACAUAUCUAAGUCUAUUAUAUUUGAGAUUUUGUGUAUG